UAACUCAUAAUUCUUUGAAUCGGUAGGAGUAGGAGUUGCAGACAUGGGAAACGGAAAUCACUUCGGCACAAAUAACAUUUUGUCCUAAAACUGCUUUGGCUUCUCAAGAUUGGCCCUUACAUGCUGAAGUACCAGGAAACAAAAUGAGGCCCAAGUACAUACGUGGUUAAGUCCUGCCUGGGCUAGCAAUUCAGUACUGACCCUGGACUGUGGGAUCCGAACAUCAAGCCAGAACAGAAGGGGGCAACCUGAGUGCCUUUUCCACAUCCCAAAAUGGUGAAGCAGGACAUUCAUUCCCUGGCUCAUCAACUCAAGCAGGAACGACUCUACGUAAACUCGGAGAAGCAACUUAUCCAGAGGCUCAAUGCGGAUGUACUCAAGACUGCUGAAAAAUUGUACCGAACAGCAUGGAUUGCCAAGCAGCAGCGAAUUAACUUGGACAGGCUAAUCAUAACAAGUGCUGAAGCUUCCCCCGCUGAAUGCUGCCAACAUGCCAAGAUCUUAGAAGACACCCAGUUUGUGGAUGGAUAUAAGCAGUUGGGAUUUCAAGAGUCGGCUUAUGGGGAGUUCUUGAACAGGUUGAGGGAAAAUCCACGACUCAUUGCCUCCUCUCUGGUUGCUGGAGAGAAACUGAAUCAGGAUAACACUCAGAGUGUUAUCUACACCGUUUUUACCUCCCUCUACGGCAACUGCAUUAUGCAAGAAGAUGAGAGCUACCUCCUUCAGGUUUUGCGCUACCUGAUUGAAUUUGAACUCAAAGAAAGUGACAACCCUAGGCGGCUUUUGAGAAGAGGCACCUGUGCGUUCAGCAUUUUAUUUAAGCUUUUUUCAGAAGGCCUCUUUUCUGCCAAACUCUUUCUCACAGCAACGCUUCAUGAACCAAUCAUGCAACUGCUGGUUGAAGAUGAAGACCACCUAGAAACAGACCCAAACAAGUUAAUCGAGAGGUUUUCACCAUCCCAACAGGAAAAGCUCUUUGGAGAGAAAGGCUCAGAUAAGUUUAAACAAAAGGUCCAAGAGAUGGUGGAUUCCAAUGAGUCCAAACUGGUGGCCUUGGUGAACAAAUUUAUCGGAUACCUCAAACAGAACACCUACUGCUUUCCGCACAGCUUGAGGUGGAUUGUGUCCCAGAUGUACAAAACCCUCUCCUGCGUAGAUAGGCUAGAAGUGGGAGAGGUGAGAGCGAUGUGCACAGACCUCCUCUUGGCCUGUUUCAUAUGCCCGGCAGUUGUCAACCCAGAACAGUAUGGAAUCAUUUCGGAUGCACCGAUAAAUGAGGUGGCCCGAUUUAAUCUGAUGCAGGUUGGUCGCCUUUUGCAGCAGUUGGCAAUGACUGGCUCUGAAGAGGGUGAUCCUCGCAUAAAGGGAAGCCUGGGUAAAUUUGACAAAAGUUGUGUGGCUGCUUUCCUUGAUGUUGUAAUUGGUGGCCGUGCAGUAGAAACUCCACCAAUGUCCUCUGUUAAUCUCCUAGAAGGGUUGAGUAGGACUGUGGUUUAUAUGACCUAUAGCCAACUUAUUACCCUGGUCGGCUUUAUGCGAAAUGUUAUGUCAGGGGAUCAACUGAGAGAAGAUAGAAUGGCUCUGGACAAUUUGUUGGCAAACUUACCUCAGGCCAAGCCAGGAAAAAGCAGCAGCCUGGAAAUGACUCCUUAUGGAACCCCACAGCUCUCUCCUGCGACCACACCAGCCAACAAAAAAAAUCGUCUUCCACUAGCAACUCGGAGCAGAAGCCGAACGAAUAUGUUAAUGGACCAGUUUAUGGAUCAUGAAGGACCAUUCCAAGAAACUAUCCAGGAAGUGCAGCCUGAAGAAGUAUUGGUCAUUUCUCUGGGGACAGGUCCUCAGCUCACUCCGGGUAUGAUGUCAGAAAAUGAGGUGUUAAACAUGCAAUUGGCAGAUGGAAGUCAAGGCGAUGUCCCUGUUGAUGAGACCAAACUCCACGGUAAACCUGAUAAAACCUUGCGCUUUUCCCUCUGCAGUGAUAAUCUGGAAGGAAUAUCUGAAGGACCAUCAAAUCGCUCCAAUUCUGUAUCCUCUUUGGAUUUGGAAGCAGAGUCUGUAUCAGAACUUGGAGCAGGACCUUCAGGCAGCAAUGGAGUUGAGGCUCUCCAGUUGUUAGAACAUGAACAAGCAACAACACAGGAUAACUUGGAUGAUAAACUCCGGAAAUUUGAAAUUCGGGAUAUGAUGGGGCUGACGGAUGAUAGGGACAUAUCAGAAACCGUCAGUGAGACCUGGAGUACAGAUGUCCUUGGCAGUGAUUUCGAUCCAAACAUUGAUGAAGACCGAUUGCAAGAAAUCGCAGGUGCAGCCGCAGAGAACAUGUUAGGCAGUUUGCUGUGCCUUCCAGGUUCAGGAUCAGUGCUUCUUGAUCCCUGCACAGGCUCUACCAUAUCAGAAACAACCAGCGAAGCUUGGAGUGUAGAGGUAUUGCCAAGUGAUUCAGAGGCCCCGGACCUAAAGCAGGAAGAAAGACUACAGGAACUGGAGAGCUGCUCUGGUCUGGGCAGUACAUCUGAUGAUACGGAUGUGAGGGAGGCCAGUUCCCGCCCCAGUACGCCAGGCCUCAGUGUGGUGUCGGGUAUCAGCGCAACAUCUGAGGAUAUCCCCAAUAAGACAGAGGACAUCAGAUCUGAGUGCAGCUCUGACUUUGGAGGCAAAGAUUCUGUUACUAGUCCAGAUAUGGAUGAAGUGACCCAUGGAGCCCACCAACUGACUUCUCCGCCGUCUCACACAGACUCUCUCCUUGCAAUGUUUGACCCAUUGGCUCCACCUGAAGCAGCUUCUGCUGUCGUGAGGCCAAAAGUGCACUAUGCCAGACCAUCACACCCACCACCAGACCCUCCGAUUCUAGAAGGAGCAAUGGGAGGGAAUGAAGCCAGGUUGCCCAACUUUGGUUCCCACGUCUUAAUGUCAAUGGAUUCUGAGACUUUCAAGCAGAGACACUCCUACCCUGAGAGACUAGUCCGCAGCAGAAGCUCAGACAUUGCAUCCUCAGUCAGGAGGCCCAUGAGUGAUCCUAGCUGGAAUCGACGUCCUGGAAAUGAAGAAAGAGAGCUUCCCCCUCCAGCUCACACCACCGGAGCCUUGUCUUCGGUGACCGCACCUCAUUCGUCAUCCUCCUCUCCAAGUAAAGAUUCCUCUAAAGGAGAGGCUGAAGAAAGAAAAGAUAGUGACGAUGAGAAAUCCGACAGGAACAGACCUUGGUGGAGAAAGCGUUUUGUUUCUGCCAUGCCUAAAGCUCCAAUACCAUUUAGAAAGAAAGAAAAACAAGAAAAAGACAAAGAUGAUCUGGGGCCUGACAGAUUCUCAACACUUACAGAUGAUCCUAACCCACGGCUCAGUGCACAGGCUCAAAUGGCUGAGGAUAUUCUGGACAAGUAUAGGAAUGCCAUAAAGCGAACUAGUCCUAGUGAAGGAGCAGGGGUAAACUAUGAAAGUGCAGAGGCCAUCUGUGAUGGUGAAAGUGUGCAUGACUCUCCGCGGGAUGAAGCUCUGCAGAACAUCUCAGCUGAUGAUCUCCCAGAUUCAGCGAGUCAGGUGGCACAGCCGCAGGAUUCCGCCUUCUCUUAUAGGGAUGCCAAGAAGAAACUGAGGCUUGCUCUUUGUUCAGCAGAUUCUAUUGCAUUUCCACUGCUAACCCAUUCAACAAGGAAUGGUCUACCAGACCACACAGAUCCUGAAGACAACGAGAUUGUGUGCUUCCUCAAAGUUCAGAUAGCUGAAGCAAUUAACCUACAAGAUAAGAACUUGAUGGCUCAGCUUCAAGAAACAAUGCGUUGUGUGGGACGCUUUGAUAACAGGACCUGUCGAAAACUGCUGGCUUCUAUUGCUGAGGACUACAGGAAAAGGGCUCCGUAUAUCGCUUACUUAACUCGAUGUCGCCAAGGGCUUCAGACGACGCAGGCUCACCUGGAAAGAUUGCUGCAGAGGGUUUUGCGAGAUAAAGAGGUGGCCAACAGAUACUUCACCACAGUUUGUGUGAGGUUGUUGCUGGAAAGCAAAGAAAAGAAGAUUAGGGAAUUCAUUCAAGACUUUCAGAAACUCACAGCGGCGGAUGAUAAAACUGCCCAAGUGGAAGACUUUCUGCAGUUUUUGUAUGGGGCCAUGGCCCAGGAUGUCAUCUGGCAAAAUGCCAGUGAAGAUCAACUUCAGGAUGCCCAACUUGCGAUUGAGCGCAGUGUGAUGAAUCGCAUCUUUAAGCUUGCCUUCUACCCUAAUCAAGAUGGGGAUACCCUGCGUGACCAAGUCCUUCACGAACACAUCCAGAGGUUGUCUAAAGUGGUUUCAGCCAAUCACAGAGCACUUCAGAUACCUGAGGUUUAUCUACGUGAGGCACCGUGGCCGUCGGCACAGUCUGAAAUCCGUACAAUAAGUGCGUACAAAACCCCUAGAGAUAAGGUCCAGUGCAUCUUGAGAAUGUGCUCCACUAUUAUGAACUUGCUGAGUCUAGCCAAUGAAGAUUCGGUCCCUGGAGCAGAUGAUUUUGUUCCUGUCCUAGUGUUUGUUCUGAUAAAGGCUAAUCCACCCUGUUUGCUGUCCACUGUUCAGUACAUCAGUAGCUUUUAUGCUAAUUGCCUGUCCGGAGAAGAAUCAUAUUGGUGGAUGCAGUUCACAGCAGCAGUUGAAUUUAUUAAAACCAUCGACGAUCGAAAGUGACCUAGACUGGAAUAUAUCGAAGCAGACUAUUAGCAGAUGGCAUCUCUAAGAAUGUAUACCAGCUAUUUUGGAAGCUGAAUCUUUUCCUUGUAUGAUAUUGUACAGCGUUCUGACAUUUUGAAACAGGUCUUUACUAAACAGAUUAGUAGGUUAACUAUAGCAGAUUUGCCUUUCUUUCUGGGUCUAUCUCCCCCUCCCCUUUUCCUGGGGCGAAUCUUUUGUUCUUUCCCCUCACCCCCCCCCCCCAUAGAGAUUAGCACUGCAAUAUGGAACCACAUUCUUCAGGAGUUUUGGAAUCUAAAAACCAUUCAGGAAAAUUAUAGGUCUUCUUUCAGGAAUAGUCAUCCUCUUUUAAAAAAGAACAGGAAACUUCCUAAUGCAUAGCAAACAUAAUGGUCAGAAAACACCAGUUCUCCUGAAGGGCAUUACCUCUGCAAACAUUUUCCCUAAAUUUAAACAUUGAGAAAGAAUGUAAAUGUAAAAUACAUAAUUAUGUUGGUUGACCCUCCAACUAAUGAACAAGUAGGGUGCUGUAAUGCUCCAUUCAGUGAUUUCUAUUGAAUGUAAUUUGACCUUAAAAAAAAGUAAGUAAAUAUUUAUUGAAAAAUAAGAGUUAUAGACCUCUCUGGAAGUAGGGUUUGAAGUGCAGUGCUACAUUUGAUAUAAUGUGUACAUUUUUUUUUCUUGGGUAAGGUCAUUUAGUGCUUUCUCACUACAGAUUUUUGGACCUGCACAGUUAGGAGCUGGAUGUCAGUAGACAAGCACUAAAUAUAAAAAGAACUAAUACAUAUCUUUUACCUUCUUGUAAUAUUAUAUUGUGUAUACUGUACAAAUCCCAAACAGAGCUCCUUAUAAACCUUAAAUUGUAAUAUAUGUUUUGAUGAUUAUUCACAUUGAAUGCACAUGCCAGGGGAUUCAGUGAAUGGCGUUUUUUUACAAAGUGUUCUUUUUAUUGUCUGCUCUAGCUGUGCAGUUUUACUAGUCAUAUAAAAAUAUUUUAAAAGACCACACACUUCUUAUAAAAUAUAUAUUUUGGCACCACUUCAGGGUAUUUUGGCAGAUUUUCUGUUACUCUCUUCUCCUCUCCUCUCUUGAAACUGUCAGGAUAAAUACAUUUAAAUAGUUUUCUUUGUAUGUAGAUAACUAAUUAGACAGGUGGACCUUGAUGCCUGGGAAAGUGACUUGGCAUUGGCAGGCAUCAAGCGACACUCUUGUAUAUAAGCUGUCACUGGCUGGUUUCACUUUGUAUAUUUUCCUACACUUUUGAGUGAUGGGUUUCUUUUGUAACCAAGAAGCUAGUUGGCCCCUUGACGCUGGCAAAUACCUGCACCGUGUAUCCUGUUGCUGGCAAUUGGGUGAGCCAAAACAGCCAGCCUUGCUUAGGCAAGGAAAGAUGCAUCCUUUCUCGAUGUUGAGGAGCACCUUUGUAUUUUGGAUUAUUAAGGGAAACUGGAUUUUCUUUCAUUUCUCCCUCUUUCCUCCGUUUACUUGAAAAUACCAAAAUAUCAAGUUAUGUAGAAGCAGUGUGGAGUAGUAGUAAAAAAACAAAAAGGGAAUGAAUAAAACUGGUACUCCUGAGUCUCUUAACUCUUUAAUUCAAUACCUUUGUACAGUAUUACAUACUUGAUGGGAUGGGAUUGUUUAACUUGCCUGGGUAAUACAGUUCAGUGAGAAUCUUUUUUUUUUCUCUUCUGCAAAAUAUUUAAUAUUUCAUAUACGCAAAUUAGUACUAUAUUUCCAGUGUGACAAUUAUGUGAAUUGAGAAGUGGAGAUCAUGUGGAGAAGGUCUUGGAGGUUUCUUUUUUUGUUUGUUUUAUGUCUUUAAAAACUUGAUUCUGGGGGUAACAGAACUUGAUUCUGAUAGCAGUAGUUUACCUUCCUGUAAGUGUUCACUGUGCUAAUGCUUGAGCCAGGAACAAGAGUAGUGUAGUCAGAGCACAACUAAUGCAGUUCCAAGUUCUUUGUCGGGCCAGAGAUGACCGCUGAGCUCUUCUUCUUCCUGAUCGACGGCCUUUGGCCAAAAAAAAAGCUCUGCCAUUCAGGAGACAGUUAAAAUGAUCAUUCUAGGAACUCUGUCAAAAACAAAUAUCUCACUCUUACCUAUCACCCUGUUUUGUUCUGUGUUUGGAUUUGAAAUGUUGAUAUCAGUCAAAAAUUC